AUGGCUGACGACGGCGCCCCCGCUGCUUCUGGUGCUGGUGGUCACGGUGCCGGCCACGGCGCCGCUGCCACCGCUGCGGCGUCCAACUCGGACCACACCCAGUUCAACCGCGACACCCAGGAGAAGCGUAUCAACAUGCCCCCGGCGCUCAACCUCACCGAAGUCACAUCUCCUGUCUAUCCCGAGACGCCCAACUACUUCAGCCGCAAGAACACGAGCGUCGAUGUCGAGGACUACUUCACUGGUCCUCGCGAUAUCCAGAAGCACUCCAAGUGGCCCUUCGUGCUGCAGAUGCAUGGCUCCAUUCUCCCCCGCCUGCUCGUUCCUCUGAUCAUUGUCACCAUCUGGUCCACCCUCAUUACCUGCCUCUCCAAGUUUGUGUACAACCUCGGUGUCCAGUCCAUCCUUCUCACCGUCCUCGGUUUCGUCGUCGGUCUGGGUCUGUCUUUCCGAUCAUCCACCGCCUAUGAACGUUAUGCCGAGGGCCGCCGCUACUGGGCUCAGCUCAUCCACGUCUCGCAGACGCUUGGCCGCGUCUUCUGGAUCCACGCCAAGGAGCACCCCGAGCUGGCUAAGAAGGAUAUGAUGCUCCGCCGCGUGAGCUGCCUGAACCUCGUUCUUGCCUUCUCCGUCGCGCUGAAGCACAAGCUCCGCUUCGAGCCCUACACCGUCUACGAGGAUCUUCAGCACCUCGUCGGCCACCUCAACACCUUCGCCAAGACGGCCGCUGCCACUGAUCCGCAGUGCACCACUCUGCCCAAGAAGAACUUCUUCAAGGAAGUGGGCGAAUACCUCGGCGUCUCCUUCGCCGAGUCCAACCCUCGCAAGGCUCUCAAGAAGGCUACGUACCCGCUUGGCAACCUUCCCCUGGAGAUCAUCUCGCAUCUGUCUGUCAUUGUCGACGCCAUGGUUGCUGACGGCCAGCUCCCCGUUCCCAUGCAGCAGACCACUGCGUACACCAGCCUGACUCUGUUGAACGACAUCAUGACCGGUACCGAGCGCGUCCUCAACACGCCACUGCCCAUCGCCUACUCGAUUGCCAUUGCCCAGAUCACCUGGCUCUACGUCCUUCUGCUCCCCUUCCAGCUGUACAAGGCCCUCGAGUGGAUCACCAUUCCCGCCUGUAUCGCUGCCAGCUACAUCAUUCUCGCUAUUCUGUUCAUCGGCAAGGAGAUUGAAAACCCCUUUGGCCGCGAUGUCAACGAUCUUCCUCUCGAGGGGUACUGUGAGCAGAUUGCCCACGAGCUCGACGUCAUUGCCGCCAUGGAUGUGCACCGCGACAUGCCCUACGCCUUCCUCGACUCCCACCUCAACCUUCCCCUGUACCCCGUCAGCAUGGCCUCUUUCCCCGUCUGGGCUGAGCGCUCCGAGGAGAAGAUUCGCACUGCUAUUCAGGGCAAGCCCGUCACGCUUUUCCAGUCUCGCAAGAAGUCUUCGGCUGAGCGCGAGAAGGAGGAGAUGGAGCACCGCAAGGCUCGUGAGGGCAGCAAUGUCAGCAGCAAGCACCGGGGCGACAACAUUGUCUAG